AUGGCGACGGGACGACCCCGUAGAAAAUGUGUCUCUGUAUCUUUUGUGGGAGACGAUGACGUUGUUCAACAUAUUGUUCGCGUGGAAGAUAAAAAAAGAACAGGACGAAAAUCAACUAGUUCAACCCCUGCCCAGAGAAAAUAUUGUGCUGAUGUGGCGGACAAUGGAGACAUUGCAGAAGAGAGUGAUGAAGAUAUUGUUUGUAGUGUUCCAUCCUUGUUGGAAGGUGAGGAGUCAAUGGCAGGAAGUGGAAUGUUCCAGUUUCGUACCCCUAAAAAAACUGGCCAGAUGGCUGCCAAAGCCUCUGAAGCUCGAACACCAAAGUCUAUACUGAAGGCUACAGUUACACAAGGUUCUUUGACUCCAUCAUCUACCAGCCGAUCCAACAAAUCACAAAGAAAGCCAGAAACUACAACUCCAUACAAACUACGAAAACGGAAUAUCACUGGUAAGGUUAUUACUCAACAUGAUGAUGACAUCGAUUCUGAGUCCAGUAUUUCCUCCUCUGAUGACAGUGAAGAUGAGGCUGGAGCCACUCGUGCUAAGCGGCCACCACUCAGUGUGAAGUCUGCAGGAAAUACACUUAAGAGGGGUCGGACUAGGGCUUGUGGAGAUGAAGAGGAAAUACCUUCUAUGGUACAGUCCUACUUUGAUAUCCAUGCAAGUUCUGCUGUACACACAUCAGACCGGACGCUGGCUCGAUUAGGAUCAACUAAGAUGGAUCAGGAGGGACUAAAUAAGGUUUUACAACAGGUAUCGACAGUAGACACCUGUGAGAGUGAAAAGAUGUACCAGGAACAUAAAGAAAAAUUUCCUACAUGGAUGUUUCAGCUAAGUCAAGGUUUCAAUAUAUUACUGUAUGGUCUAGGAUCAAAACGAAAGCUCCUGGAAGAUUUCCGUAAAACUCAUCUGUGUGAUCUUUCCCACCUGGUUGUUAAUGGUUACUUUCCAAGUCUUACUGUAAAACAUAUUUUGAAUUCCAUUACUUAUGAGAUACUGGAUUAUGAUGGCAGUUUUAAAGGCCCAUUGGAUCAAGUUGCUUGUAUACGAAAAGAAAUGGAACAACAAGGUUUUCAAGACUUCUUCCUCAUAGUACAUAAUAUUGAUGGUACUAUGUUACGAGGAGAGAAGACUCAAAACAUCUUGAGUCUUUUAAGUCAGAUUCCUGGUUUUCACAUUCUAGCUUCCAUAGAUCAUAUCAAUGCUCCGUUGUUGUGGGAUCAGGGGAAGUGUUGUCGUUACAACUGGCUCUGGUACGAUGUGACAACAUAUCUACCAUACACUGAUGAAACAUCCUAUGAAAAUUCUCUCCUUGUACAACAAUCUGGUGGUCUUGCCCUCAGCUCUAUGACCCAUGUGAUGAAAUCUCUCACAUCUAAUGCCAAAAGCAUCUUCUUUCUCUUGGCAAAACAUCAGCUCUCCAACAAAGACAACAGCACAUAUAUGGGUCUGUCUAUACAGGACCUGUACCAGCAAUGUCGAGAGGCCUUCCUUGUUAAUAGUGAUCUCACCCUACAGGCUCAGCUCAUCGAGUUCAGGGAUCAUAAACUCAUCAAAUCUAAAAAGAGUUUUGAUGGCAUCGAGCAUCUUAUGAUUCCAAUAGAUUCUGGAACCUUGACAGAAUUUAUAGAUCAACAUGAAGACACCUGAGAUUUUGUAUUUCAUGAAAUCAACAUGAACAUUGGAAAUACAAUUUACAUAAAUCACUUGGAGGACGACGUGUGAUUUCUGCCUAACAGAUGUCCGGUAAAUUGAGAUGAUAAGCUUUCAUUCUCUGAUAAGAUUAUACAUCAGUCACUAUGGGUACAAGUUUCAACUGAUCCAAGGUGGAAAUAGCUUCACCAAAAAGAUUCAAGGCAUAUCUUUGUCAAUACAGUGAAUCCAGGAUAUUCUGAUUCUGAUAGUCCAGAAUACCAGUAACAUGUACUUACU